GGAGGCGGGGCCGCGGAGGGGCGGUCUAGAGGCCGAGCUGCGGGAAAGCCGCCCAGGGGCGGGGCCUCGGAGGCGCCAGGACGCCGCCGUGGUCCUCGCCAGGCGCUGGGGCGGCCCUGUUGUCAUGGGAACGGCGGCCUAGGCAGGCCUGACGUCAGCCCGCGGCGCGCUGCCUGCUCUGCGGCACCGGCCGGUUCUCAGAGCCCGAGUUGCUGGACGCGCGGUGGGCUCGCGGCCCGUUUCCGACAGCAGCGCAGAGUGGCGCGGGGAGCCGCUGGGACCGCCUGGCCGCCGCCCCUCUGCGAUCCCAUUUGAGUCAGUGCUUUACCUUAUUUCUCAAUGUUCACCAUAAAGUUCAGCAAUGCCAACUGUUGAGAGUGAAGCCAAAGUAAAAACCAAAGUUCGCUUUGAAGAAUUAUUUAAGACCCACAAUGACCUAAUACGUGAAAAGAAAAAACUGAAGAAAAAACUCAAAGAAAACAUCUCACUGGACACCUUUAAAAGCGACCCUGAGAGUAUUAAAGAAGCUAAAAGUGGUGAUGUAAGCUGCAUUAGCACUAACAAGCUGGAGAAGCACAUGGGAGUUGCUAAGAACAAGCAGAAGAAUUUACAACCAGCACCUGAGAAUCCAAAUGAUGGCAUUAGUGGAGAGGAAGACAAGGAGGGGAAACCACACAAAAAUGUUCCAAAGGCUGCACAAGAAAGGGAACCAGAGACUCUAGAGAAGAAGGUAGACUCCGUGUAUCAGAAAGUGCAAACAAAGUCACAGUCGGGUGUUGAGUAUCAGAAAAGUGGGAAAGCAAAUGAGGGAAGAAAAAAUAAUGAUUUAUUAACAGCGGAAGAAGAGCUGAUGCAAGCAUAUCAGCUCCAGGCAGCUGAAGAGAUGGCAAAGGAGAUUAAGAAGAAAAUAAGAAAGAAACUAGAUGAACAGUUGACUAACUUUUCUUCAGAUACUUUAUCGCCUGAUGACAAAUUGAGCAGUGAAAAAAGAAGAAAGAAAAAAAGGAAAGUUCCACUCCUGCCCAAAGCUGAAACAAGCAGCACAUUGACUCUCUCUGAUGGUACUUUGGAAGAUGAACAAAAGAAGGAAUCUCCAGUUGGAGCUAUUACUUCAGAUUCUCACCAAGAUGGUGAAAUGAACUCAAUGGAACAAAACGUAGAUGACAACAUGGCAGAGAACACAAAAUCCAAACCAAAAAAAACAAAAAAGAAGACUAAAGCAGUUUCAGAUAAUAAUGAAGAAAUUGAUGGAGCUGGUGUUCAUGAAAUGACAAGCCAAGAUAAUCCAGUUUAUCCCAGAAAUUUGCUUGAUGAUGGCCUUGUCUUAGGAGUUUACAUUCACCGAACUGACCGACUUAAAUCAGAUUUUAUGAUUUCCCACCCAAUGGUAAAAAUUCAUGUGGUUGAUGAGAAAACUGGUCAGUAUGUCAAGAAAGAUGACAGCAAGCAUCCUGUGUCAUCCUCCUAUGAAAAAGAGAAUGUGGAUUAUAUUCUUCCAAUCAUGACGCAGCCAUAUAAUUUUAAACAGUUAACAUCAAGACUUCCAGAGUGGGAAGAACAAAUUAUAUUUAGUGAAAAUUUUCCCUAUUUGCUUCAAGAUUUUGAUGAGGCUCCUAAGGUGAUCCUAUUCUUUGAGAUUCUUGAUUUUUUAAGCAUGGAUGAAAUUAAGAAUAAUUCUGAAGUUCGAAACCAAGAAUGUGGCUUUCGGAAAAUUGCCUGGGCCUUUCUUAAACUUCUGGGAGCCAACGGAAAUGCAAAUAUCAAUUCAAAACUUCGCUUGCAGCUGUACUACCCGCCUACUAAGCCUCGAUCUCAGUUAAAUGUUGUUGAGGUUUUUGAAUGGUGGUCCAGAUGUCCAAGAAAUCGUUACCCAUCAACGUUGUAUGUAACUGUACGAGGACUGAAAGUUCCAGACUCUGUAAAGCCAUCUUACCGCUCUGUGAUGGUUCUUCAGGAAGAGAAAGAUAAACCAGUAUGUUAUGAACAGCACUGUGAGUCAAAUUCAGUGGACACAGAGCCUGGAUUAGAAGAUUCGAAGGAAAUAGUAGAGUGGAAACGACUACCUGGACAGGCUUGCCGUAUCCCAAACAAGCACCUAUUCUCACUAAAUGCAGGAGAGCGAGGAUGUUUUUGUCUUGAUUUCUCCCACAAUGGAAGAAUAUUAGCAGCAGCCUGUGCCAGCCGGGAUGGAUAUCCAAUCAUAUUAUAUGAAAUUCCUUCUGGACGUUUCAUGAGAGAAUUGUGUGGUCACCUCAAUAUCAUUUAUGACCUUUCCUGGUCAAAAGAUGAUCGCUAUAUCCUUACUUCAUCAUCAGAUGGCACUGCCAGGAUAUGGAAAAAUGAAAUAAAUAAUACAAAUACUUUGAGAGUGUUGCCUCAUCCUACUUUUGUUUAUACGGCUAAAUUCCAUCCAGCUGUAAGAGAACUGGUGGUUACAGGAUGCUAUGAUUCUGUGAUACGGAUAUGGAAAGUUGAUAUGAGAGAAAGUUCUGCUGUACUGGUCCACCAAUUUGAUGCUCACAAGAGUUUUAUCAAUUCUCUGUGUUUUGAUGCUGAAGGUCAUCACAUGUAUUCAGGAGACUGCACUGGGGUGAUUAUUGUGUGGAAUACUUACGUCAGCGGUAAUGAUUUGCAGAACUCAGUAUACCACUGGACAAUCAAUAAGGAACUUAAAGAAGCUGAAUUUAAGGGGAUUCCAAUAAGUUAUUUGGAGGUCCAUCCCAGUGGAAAACGUUUGUUAAUCCAUACCAAAGACAGUACUUUGAGAAUAAUGGACCUCCGAAUAUUAACAGCAAGGAAAUUUCUAGGUGCAGCAAAUUAUCGGGAGAAGAUUCACAGUACUCUGACACCAUGUGGGACUUACCUCUUUGCUGGAAGUGAAGAUGGCAGAGUGUAUGUUUGGAACCCAGAAACAGGGGAACAAGUAGCUAUGUAUUCUGACCUGCCAUUCAAGUCACCCAUUCGAGGCAUUUCUUAUCAUCCUUUUGAAAAUAUGGCUGCAUUUUGUGCAUUUGGGCAGAAUGAGCCAAUUAUUAUUUAUAUUUAUGACUUCAGUGUAGCCAAGCAGGAGGCUGAGAUGUCCAGAUGCUAUAAUGCAACAUUGCCAUCACCUGGAAGUCACCAGAGUCAAGACGCUCUACAUUGCUAUCCUCAACUGCCUCACCAAGGCUCUUUCCAGACUGGUGAAUUUGUGCGCACUGAAAAUGCUUCAACAAAGAUGCAGAUAGUGAAACAGAGACUUGAAACUGUCACAGGCAACAAAAAUCUCACGCUUACUUCAUCAGCUCCAUCCUCCUCACAGCACUCUAGGUUACAGCAGUCAAACAUCCUGACCACUGGUGAGAUGCGACAUCUGUUUGGUUUCACUCAGACCGGGAAUAUCAGCAUAGAAAGAAGGCCUCAUAACCAUCAGGUAGAUUCAGCACCAAUGGUAGUGGCUCUUUAUGACUACACAGCGAGCCGAUCAGAUGAACUAACCAUCCAUCGCGGAGACAUUAUCCGAGUGUUUUUCAAAGAUAAUGAAGACUGGUGGUAUGGCAGCGUAGGAAAGGGACAGGAAGGCUAUUUUCCAGCUAAUCAUGUGGCUAGUGAAACACUGUAUCAAGAGCUGCCUCCAGAGGUAAAGGAGCGAUCUCGCUCUUUGACCCCCAAGGAAAAAACCAAAACAGAAAAACCUUCAGCUCCUCAAAAGCAGGCAGUCAAUAAUAGCAAGUCCCAGGAUUUCAGACUAGACUCACAGUCUGCAGCACAUUCUGAAAUGGGCCAAAAUCAGAGCCAUGAGGACUGGGGACACUCAAUGGAUAUGCAAGUAAAGAAGAAUGAGCCUACAGGCUGAAAAGUCACCCUGCUAGAGUAAAGAGUUGAAGAAUGAAGACACAACCAAAUACUCAGAAAUGAAAUAAAUUAAACCAAAUGGAAUUUCUGUUUAGAGUUCACAAUUUUCAGACACUAAGGAAGAAAAAAAAGAUCUACUACUUCUCCCUAUGAAAAAGCUAGAAAAAUCAGAAGCAGUAUAUGGAUAAAAAAAAUCACUGUGGCCUUUGAACUUAAUUGUUAUAAACCAUUGUGAUUGUUGUUGGUCAGAGUAUUGGUACCUGUAUUGCUAGUAAUUGCGUUAAAUUUACAUUACCACUGUUGGGAAACCAAUAAAAAAAUGCCUCUCAGUAAAUGUGAAUAAAAAGUGUUUGCAUUGUUACAGCGCCCAUUAAAUUUUAUGAUUAUUCAGUAUUAUUGUAUCUAGAAUGUGGUUGUAUAUGUGAUGUUAUACUCAGAAUAUGAAGUUAUUGCUUUUGAAACUGACUUUAUUUAAAAGAUAAGCAAUUUCAGAAUGUUGUGUAUUCAAAAUGGUCACACGGACAAAUGUAUUAAAAGGAAAUAAUUUGCUUUUUAAAAUUAAAAUUUUGUAGCUGGAUAUGGUGAUGUACGCCUGUAAUCUACACUCAGGAGACUGAGGCAGGAGGAUCACCUGCAAGUUGGAAUUCCUUAUGUCUGUGUUUGGGAAGUAUAUUUCUCUUUUGCUUAUGUUAACCAUCCAGGCCUUAAAUAAUUGCUGAUGACACAAAAAGAUGGUAGUGGUAUGUUUCAGAGACAUACCGUAACAUAGGUAACGAAUAUUUUGGUUUUGUUGUGUUACAUGUAUAUGGGGGGGUAUACAAUAUCUUUUCCUGUGCAGUUGCCUAGGUACAGUAAGAUGGGCUACAUAGUAAGAUCUAGGUUAGCCUGGCCUGGGCUACAUGGUGAGAUCUAGGUUAGCCUGAACUACAUAGUAGCACCCUAUCUGGAAAAAAAAAUUAAUUCAAAUUUUGUGUUUCUGCUGAGUCACAUAUGUAAUUUGUAAUUUGAUAUACCUAAACUAAAAGUGAUUUUUGAUUGAACUGACAGUAGUGUUCCAAAUUACUUUUUUACAUGGCAGUUCAUAUUUAAGCAUAUAAGUAAAUUGUAGACUUUAUUGUUUGAUAUUUACUCUUAAUAUUCAUUUAAAUCAUUGCACUAUUUCUCUAUCCAGAAUAGCGUUUUCAUUAUUACAUGACUGUAUGUUUUGAAGUUUGAUACACUAGUGAAAUUCUCAUUUGUUUUUUCUUCAUUAUCCUUUCUCAACUAUAUGAUAUAUUUGCCAAUAAAACAUUUAGCAUCAAGAAGGUCAAAAUAAUACAAAAUUUUAAAAACUUAUUUACCAGAUUAAACAGUGGAUUCCAUUAAAAUGAGAAGUGAGAAAAACA